AUUUUUAUGAUUUUUCAAUUCCGAAGCGGAUACGGAAACACAAGCAAGCAUAAAUUUUAUUCGGAGAGGUUAAGUUCUUGCUGGCGUGAUUGAAGAAUCGAAAAACUCACAUCGAAAGAAGGAAAAUAAAUAUUCAAUUAUAAUUUUAUAGUUAGAAGCAGAAGAAAUGCUUAGUUUUAGAGAGAGAUUUUUCGUAAUGUGUUUUGGUCUGAUGUGCAUGGGCCUCAUGGUAAGUUCAGUGCCCAUGGAAUCAACAACAUCUGUGCCCAUAACCUCAGAGAUUUUCAGCAGUGUUCCUUUAUCAGCAAGUCCAACCAAGUCAAAUAAGGACUUUGGGGCUGAUCAGGAAGCUCCUCUACUGCCCAUGGUCAUCAAUACUUGGAAUUUCACCAAGGCCAACAGUCACGCUUGGCGCAUUCUGAAUAGAACACCUGGAGGCCUCGGUCAGACUCGCAAUGCCGUGGUCGAAGGUUGCAAUAGAUGCGAAAAACUGCAAUGCGAUCUUGCAGUUGGUUUGGGUGGAUCUCCUGAUGAGGCUGGAGAUACUACUCUAGAUGCCAUGAUAAUGGAUGGUGCUACUAUGAAUGUUGGUGCAGUGGCCGGAUUGCGAUACAUAAACGAUGCCAUCCGUGUGGCCCGUGUUGUUUUAGAACAUACCAAACAUUCGAUGCUGGUCGGGAAUGCGGCGACCGAGUUUGCCCAGUCAUUUGGUUUCCAAGGCGAAUCUCUUAAAACGACCAAAUCAAAUGAAUUGUGGCGAAAGUGGAUUGGUAAAAACUGUCAACCGAAUUUCUGGAACAAUGUUCACCCCGAUCCGAAGGCAUCCUGUGGGCCAUGUAAGCUCAAUGUCACCGAUAAUAAUAGUUGGAAGGAGGACCAACAGGAUGCAACAGAACACAAUAUUGGACAUGAGAAUCAUGAUACAAUUGGCAUGAUAGCCAUUGAUGUGGAUAAACAGAUUCAUGCCGGCACAUCUACUAAUGGUUUGACUUUUAAGAUUCCAGGACGCGUAGGCGACACAGCUUUUCCAGGAGCUGGCGCAUAUGCAGACAAUGAGGUCGGAGCAGCAACUGCCACUGGCAAUGGUGAUGUUAUGAUGCGAUUCCUGCCCUCUCUAAUAGCUGUGGAAGCAAUGCGUUCCGGCAAGACACCUGCUGAGGCCACUGAAUUGGCAAUUCAACGUAUUAUAAAGCAUUACAAGGAUUUUUCGGGAGCUCUUGCCGCAGUGAACCGGCGAGGUGAAUAUGCGCUCUCAUGUUACGGCUGGAAGGAGUUCUCAUUUGUGGUUAGUAGCCCAGUAAAAUCUGGCCCAAACACUCGGAUAGAAACAGUUAAAUGUUUACCGAAAGUUGUUCAGAAAGUUUCUCAAAAUAACUAACAAUAUUUUAAUUAUUCCCGGUAUAUAUUCACUUGGGUAAAAUGUAGUGUUGAAAAAUUUCAAAAACAGUUUCGGACAACGCUAAUGUUGCCAGGCUGUCUAAAAUUAAAAUUUGAUUUUAAAAAGUUUUUGGAUUCGAAAACAGAAACGAAAUAUACAUUUGUAGAGGUUAAGUUCAUGGUGUUGUAACUUAAAACGCAGAAAAGAUUCACAAAAAAAAAAAAAUUCAAUUAUAGUUAAAUUGUAGGAGUAGUAGCGGAAGAAAUGCUUAAUUUUGGAAAGAAUUCUUUACCGAUUUCUUUUGCCUUGAUUUGUAUAGGCCUCGUGGUCAGCCCAAUGCCCAAUGAAUUAACAACAUCUGUUCCAAUUACAACAGAUGUUCCCAGCAAUGUUCCAUGGUCAGAACAUCAAACUAACUCAAAA